GUUCCGUCAUACUCGGACAGCGUCUGGAGAUUUUCCCGCGUCUGGCGACCCAAAGAUCCGUGCCAUGACAGCAACCUAACUUUCCCCUGACGACUUCUCAUAGCCGCCGAUCGCUCCCCGCGCUCCUCCGAUCCGCCAACAUGCCAUCGCUACUGGUUGUCAUCUUCGUCAUCGAGCUAGUGGUGCGACUAGUCAACACAAUCGGUGCAGCAACGAUCAACAACCUGAUCUGGCGCGUCUACCUUUCCCUUCCUACGGCCCUGGCCGGGCAGUUCGCCGAGCAUCGAAGGAAGCAGAAAGAGUACUUGGCGGUCCGCCAUGACCUCAACGCAACCAGCAGCCAGGAUGAGUUCGCCAAGUGGGCGAGGCUGCGGCGGCAGCACGACAAGCUGCUGGAGGAGCUGGAGAAGAGAAAAUCCGCACUCGACGCCUCGCGCACACGGUUCGACCGAUACCUGACGGCUGUCCGUCUCAUCUCGACUCGCGGCGUGCAAUGGCUUCUCCCAAUGUGGUAUGGCAAGGUGCCCAUGUUCUGGCUGCCCUACGGAUGGUUCCCCUAUUACGUCGAGUGGUUUGCAUCGUUCCCGCGGGCGCCGCUGGGCAGUGUCAGCAUCGUGAUGUGGCAGGCCGCAUGCACGAGCAUGUUGACGCUCAUAGUAGACGCGGCGGUCGGCAUCAUCGGACUCAUCGCGGCCAGCAGGCAGUCGCAAAGGCACAAGCAAAAGCCGAUGCAGAAGGACAGGCAGCCCGUUCCUGCUGCGGUGGGGAAGGACGAGGGCAAGAAAGAGCUGUAAAACGCAGACGGGGAUGCACGCCACAAAUAUGCAGAUUGUUUUGUCUCUCAGCAUUUGACGCAAAGAUCCUUCAUGGCCGAAGCUAGAAUUCUGCAACACUACCUGAGAUGACUCUUGGCAGAGCACUUGGGCUUGAUCUAGGCAACAUAUUGACUUUGAGCGACCAUUGAGAGGGCCGCCAAAGCUUCGAUAGUGCCAUCAGUGUCAACCAACAGUCACGGGCGCAGGAGGAGAGCGGAGUGGCCAAAAAUCGUAAUGUAUUCUCGCUUUGCUAAUAGCCAAGUAAUGGACGAUGUGGCGGCCAGCGCCACUGCUAAUUGUAAUGUUGCGAUUCGGCAAAAGCUAAAAAUGAAUGUUGAGUGGGAGGGAGUUAAGUUGCGGCAAGAUCAG